AUGGGAGGGAAUAAGUUAUUCAAAGUCAAGACCGAGGGAGGAAAGCAGUGUAUGUAUCUCACCCGCUACGUCGAUUGGCAAUUCCUUAACUUAAAUGCCUUGUUAAAUACACAUGUGGGAACCAUCAAACAAACGGUGAUGUUAUAUUGCGACGUAGUCGAAUCGACCAUCGUUGGGACUUAAAAACGUUCGUUGUUGAGAAAAGUGGAAUUGGAACGUCGGGGUCAGGGCCGAGCUACGGUAGAACCCCUUCUCGGCCUUUCCCGAUUGCGCUCGUAAAAUCCUAAAAAAGUGCUAGCAAAAAUGGCUAAAAAGUGCUCAAAAUCUCAAAAUAGUGCUCAAAAAGUGCUAAAAGUUGUGAACAGUUACCUCUAAGCUUUUCGUAAAUAUGUCAAUAUUUACUGAAGUAAUUAACAAUCUUUUUUGCGCAGUGUUAUUCGACAGGUUGUUACGAAAGGUUGAUAGAAUAUAGAACAAUAAUAUUUUUAAAAAACUAAAGCCGGUUACGAAUUGUAAAUAAAUUCAGCAGUGCUAGCAUCAGAUGAUUUAGAAAUUUGAGAUGACACACGCAUGAUACAUCAGCCAAUCAGAAACUUCUGUACUCACGUUCAGUGAGGAUAAGUCCACGUGCCUUUCCACGACAACGGUCUUUUAUUCUUGACAACAUCAUUAGUUAUUCAAAUUGAUGACCUGGAACACGAUUCUCGUUGCGAGCGACACGCAGUUUUUGCUUUAAAAUGUUUUAGAAGACAUAGGUUGCUCGAAAUUUGCUCGAAAUGUGAAAUAUUGCUCAAAUGUCGCCCAAGGUGCGAAAAAGUGCUUAAGGGUGCUCAAAAUGCAAAAUAGUGCUCCAAACUCAAAAAAGUGCUCAAAAGGUGCUCAGCGCAAUCGGGAAAGGCCUAACCCCUUCAUCGUAAAUAGAUUCGACUGCGUAGCAAACGAGUGGAAAUCACUGAAGUGUCCCUCGUUACACCUCGUGGAUCCUUGUUGGUCCUACCUACAGGCAAAACACUCGUGACCCUAGGGUUUCGACGAGUAUAAAAGAACCCUCUUCUCUCUGAUGACACAGUCUUUCAUCAUGUUGGGUGGGUCACUCACACGAUAUCAUACCCCCACUCUGAAAGGAAAAGGGUUUUCACAAGAGUUGGUCAAAUUAGCUGGACCCACAUUGCUUCGAUCCAAUGGACAUGGCCUUGACGCGUAUGAAAAGGGGCGUCUGCCGCAGAGGCCGUGAAUUACAACAAAUAUGUGAACCCAACUCUGUGUCUUUCAUUCUUGAACAUGUUAACGCGUGAGGAUGAGCAAAAUGCCAUAGAGGGAUUAGCUUUUACGCAAGCCCAUGUCUAUUUGUUGUACCAAUGGUAUUGUCAUUGUCAUUGGCCCUUGGUUACUUUACAAGACUGGGUGGAGAUUAUGACCCUUGCCAGAUCUCAUCAAUGGUCUGCAUUAAACACCUUUCUGUUGGACAAACCAGUCCUUAAAAAGGUGGUGUUUACUACCUUAGCAUUAGUCUCUCGCAGUCUGUAUCGAGUGUACUUUCAGCAUGAUUACACGUCAGGAUUCCCGUGAAGUCUAUGAGGCGUUUGCCAAAGCCAAGGUACUGUAUAUGAGUCAAUAUCCGUGGGAGAUGUUUGACCAAGACCAAUGGGAUGGGUCUCAUUGGACGCAGGUGGUUCAAUUGGCUCAACAACAAGCUUGGGAGGCCAUGAAACACUAUAUUGAAUGGAUGGGGCAAACCUAUUUAAGGGAACACAUGCAAUUAAUUGUUCAAUUAGCUUCUCCACGCUUGUAUCAAACACUAUGGGGAGCAAACGAUGCAACGUGAGGCGAACACGUCGCAAAAUUCAAAAAGGGGGCGCCCGAUUUAAAAGAAAACCCCAACUAGUCGAUGAAAUUGCCAAGGGGUGGCCAUGGGUUUAUCAGGACCCUCUCCCAGUUUUGCUAAAAUGGGUGCUUUUUUAGCCAAGCAAGCUUGCAAGGGUGUAAACGACAACAUCCGUCGUUAUCAGAGAGGCAAAGGACUUGGCACGGUCUUAUCCACAGCCGCCAAAAUUGGGUAUAAAUUGGGCAAGGACAAAGGCUAUAAACGUAUGGGUACAGUGGGAGCGACUGGUCAUUACACUCAUUUUCGUAAACCGUGGGAAACAUGAUUCGUCAACCUGCUAGUGUAAUUAUUGCAGGCGAGUCUGGGUCUGCAAGAGUGAAUUGGUCGAAAACCUCUUCAGAGAGAAAAAACUGUUUUAUCCCCCUCCCCAAAAGAUGGUUUACUGUUACGAUCGAUGGCAACCACCAAAGGAGGACUAAAGCACGAUGACGGGACGUAUGACACGACAAGGAGCCUUUUUAAAAGAUGUCUUAAAGGUAGCCAACCAAAAUAAACGUCAACAAAAACUUCGCUAUGCCAAUGCAGAUCAAAUAAAUGCUGUGAGUGAAUUAGUCAUGAAUACCUUGCGUGGGGCGAUUCGUCCUGGCAGAAAAACUGUGCCAAAAUUAAAACCCUACAGCAAACAGCUUCGCCUGAUUGCAAGUCCCCGUCAGAGUAUAAAAAGACGUCACCUCAUGAUUCAUAAAUUAGGAGCAGGUGUUUCGAGUGAAUUAAGAAGUUGUUAUCAUUGUGCUAGGACCUGCUUCCGCUAUUAACAUGAAACAAGUCCUGUUCCAACGACUACUAUAUGUGCUAGAAGGGUUGAUGACGUUGGUCACCCUGUUGAAAAACCUUCACCAACGCAUGAAAGAAAAAUAUCCCAAGAGGUGGGGGUCCAAAAACGUAUAAGUAUGCCCCUGGGACUUUCAUGUUCAUUCAUUGCUGACCAUGGAUGGUAUUAGUAGCACACCCGUGGAAAACUCUGUUCAAUUUUUACGGCUCAGGGAUAAAUACAAAUCAGACCUCUUAGAUGAUAGUCGUCUGACCAGAGCAGCGGGUUUAGCAGCCCAACAAGAACUGUUGCUAGAAAGUCGACCCCCGAUACCUGGAAAGAACCCCGUUUGAAAUCCGUGAAUCGACAGUUACGACAAUGGACCAAGAAAAUUCGUCAGCCUGGCGGUAUACGCACUAUAGGGCGUGAUGAUUCAGAAGAGGAUGACGAUGAAAAUAAUUUAGCAGUGGGUCUCAUGCAGCAAUUCAUGAGGAAUUUUCGAAAAAUUCAGAAAAGUAUAAAAAGGAAAGCCACGACCCCUAACGUACCAUAAACACCCGUGACACCGGCUAUUAAGUAGUCGCUCAAGACUCCGGAAAGGAGAAAAAACCCAAGUUUUCCUUUAAAACUGGGUCGAAUGGAAAGCGUUUGUUACCGAAGACACCUAAAAGGAAAAAGGCUGCUUCGUCUACCUACAAGACCCCUGAAAAGUCUUUGGAAGAAUCAGCUAGAGAAUUACCCUUUUCAGACCAGUUAGGCGAAUCUCCUUGGAAGACUCCGGGUGAAUUAGCCAGAGACAGUCUCAGAGCCAUAAGAAGACGUACACGCAAUUCCAAGAGUGAGGAACGAAAAAAAGAAGGUUUAAAACAAACUGUGCUGAAAAAGGCCACCGAAAAAGCUUUGAAAAAGUUAGCCCCAGCCCCUGGGUGGAAACCCUUUGCUACUCCGACUAAACGCAAACUCGAUGGCAAAGACUGGUAAGAGAAAACGUUCAAGACCCCGUAGAAGGAGACAGCGAGGGGGAAAAUUUGAUUUUCAAAAAGCCAUUGAGA